AUGGAUGAGGCCUCCGCGUUGGUGGCUUGGGGACGGCAAGUCCUUGCAAACAGACGCUUGCAGAAACAGCGUGAACGCCUAGAACGUGAGCAAGAGAAAGAACAGAGUGAGUCCUCUGCCCAUUUAAUUAACCCCGCUGCGGUUCAUCGCAUCAACACUUCAUGGAAUUCCAUGGAUCGUGAAUUAGAGGCACAACCAUUCCUGGAUGAAUCUGCAUUUAUUCAACAUAGUGUUAACAACGGCAGUCCAUCACUACACACUUCUGCUUUUUCUCCAAAUAUGAGGAAGAACACUAUUCAGGACACUGUGGAAGUGGCGCAGCUCAAGAGACGUGUGGAUGUAGCCAAACAAACUUUACGUGAAUUGUUAUUAUUAGAGAAACGCAAUGAAGCGAAAUUUCAACGUCGCCGCGAAGAGUUGCAAAAGAUGUUGGACCAAACCCGCCAACAUAAUAAUACUACUAAUACUACUACUAAUAAUAAUAAUUAUAAUAAUAAUAAUAAUAAUAAUAAUAAUAAUAAUAAUAAUAAUAAUAAUAAUAAUAAUAUGAUGAUGAUGAAGAAGAAUCGAUCAGAUGAAAGAGAACAACAACCAUCCAUUCUUCCCACACUGGGAAGGACGAUGGGAGAGUCUGAGGCCGCACGAACAACAACAACAACAACCAUUAAGUCUUCAUUACCCAUUCAAAGGGAACAAGUGGAGGAAUUCCUUUCCACACAAAAGGCAUUAUUGAAGAGAUUACAUGAUGAAAAAGUAGAAGGCGCUGCAGUGGCGGCACUAACAACAUGUGCAAAUGGUGUGCAGGAGUGGGAAGAUCGGGUGUUGGCACCAUUACGUGAGGCAUUUCACGGCUGGAGACUACACUUAAUACCGGCUCUUCGUCAAUAUUGUGAUAUUGUGCAGAAACUCCCAGCAUUAACUCCACCAAUGGAAGAAAAGGAAGAAGAAGAAGAGAAUAAAAGAUCCCCACGCCAGUUUAAAGACCCUUAUCAAAUGAAUACAUCUGGGGAUAAUAUUUCUAGUGGGAUGGAGUCCUCCUCUUCCUCUUCCUCUUCCUCUUCCUGGAGGAUAAACAAUCACAACAAAAACAAAACGAAGAAUGAGAGAAAAAUAACAGGACCUGUAGAAGAAAGUUCACCCUAUGAUGGAUUGAUUGCGUUAAAAGGGAAAGUGGCUUUACCAACAGUAAGUAACUAUCCUGAUCUAAAGUAUAUAGAUACACUUCCAGUAAAAGAGUCAAUAGAGGUGAUUAUACAUGCACUUGUAAAGGCAGGGAAAGAGACCUCAACUUGUCUCUUAUCUCUUAUGGAGUUAUCCGUUCAGAAGGAUGCACGUUUGUGGGAUCUUCUUAUGAUGGCUGAGCAACAAAUAAAAGAUCAGCAAAAUGCACUUGAGAAUGUUCAUAACACACUUGAGAAAUUACAUGAGGAAAAAAAUAACCUUGAGAUGGAGGGGACUAAGCUUAGUGAUGAUAUAGAAGAACUACAACAGAAGAUCUUAACAUUAAAACUACAACGAGAUCAACAUCAACAGGAUGAAAAGGAAUGUACAAAUGAACUAGAAAUCCUACGUGUUCGUAUAAAUGAAAUAAAGCAAAAACUGGAGCAAGAAGCUUCUUUAAAAACGGAAUCUUUAAGAAGAAUAGAGGAAGCUAAAGAUAAAGCCGAACGUGCAGUCCAGCAGAAAGCAUUACUUGAAGUAGAUAUACAAGCAAUAGAAGAACAACAAAAGAUAUUAGAAUCUGAAUUGUUGACAUUACGUCGUACUGCUCGUCUUGCAAAGGAGGAAGAAGAAAAAGCGGCGGAACUCCGACACGAACAAUUUAACGAAUUCCGUGUCUCUCAAUCAUCACUCCACACUGCACGAAGAUCCUAUAUGGAUCUACAAGAACAACAGGAAGAGGCACAGAAUGAGUUAGUCUCUCUGCGUUGCUGUGUAAAAGAAUUAGAGAGUCAAAUUGCCAAUGAGGAACUGGAGUGUGAGCGGGUCCUUGCAGAGAUUGAAGUUCAACGCGGUGUGGAAGCCACCGUGCGGGAUGAACUCGCCGGUGUACGUAAAGAAGAGGCACAACUUCGUAGUGAAAUAGCAGCAUGGCGUUUAUCCCUUCGCCGUGCAGAAGCAGAGCAGGCAGAGGCAGAGACAACAUUACUUUAUCGCAAACAACUGACAAAUGGAGAAUCAGCAACCACUAAUACUAAUACUAAUAAUAACACAAACACUACAAUAACAACAGGUCCACCAACGCAGCGAAGUCUUGCUGACGUUUUAUUGGAAGCGAACGGUGAAAAUGAUAAUGGACUGUCUGCGGUAGUGGGGCUUAGCGGUGUGAAGACUACUUCACAUCCCCCAGAGAGAGAAGAGGCAAUGAUGAUGAAGAUGACAAGAGAUAAUAACAAGAAAAAAUGGCAGCGCGAACCGGAAGAACUCUCAGUAAAGCCAUCACACUUCUUAAGAGAGCGAUCACAGCAACAACAAGAAGAAAAAGAAAAAGAAGGGAAAGAAGGUGCGGGAGUGAUGGGAGGGACAAUGAGUGGAAGAAGGAACAAUAGACCUUCCAUAUCAGAUCAUAAUGACAAUAGAGGCGUUAAUGAGGAACAUCAUGGACCUCCCCUUAUGGUUUCACGGCCAUCACGUCGUGAAAUGUAUCUGAACUUCGUGGAUGAAUCUAAUGAAUUGUAUUCCACUAGAAGGAAUGUUCAGGAUGAUUCCAAUGGACAGGUUGGAUAA